AAGCGGUCAUCACGUGCGAUAUCGGCGCUCGCGGCGCUCGUGGGGCAUACGUCAUGCUAGUGCGGGUCAGGUGACCCGGAGAAAAGAAGAAACGGAGCACGACUCCGUGAUGAGCGUGCUGAGGCUCUUCGUGGGGCAUUUAAUACUCGGAGUCAGAGAGAAGCAAAAGAAAAAAUUUGCUGAUAUGCUGCAACAGCAGCAAAAACAGCAUGAGCUGCAAAUGCAGCAAUUGAGAGAGCAGCAUGAGCUGCAAUUGCAACAGCUGCAGGAGCAGGUAAAUUUGCUGAAACAACAACCGCAGCAGCAACAGCAGCAGCAGCAAGAUAGUGUGCCUUAUAGACAAAAUAGUGGUGGACGUUCCCGUGCAAGAUGGGCCUUGCAACGAGGGGGACGUAUGACAUAUAGUUGGAGGGGUCCAGAGAGGAGAAAGAGGCCGGGAAGGAAAUAGAGAAGGAAGAGGCCGGGGAAAAAAUAUAAUUGUAAAAAAAUAUUAUUUUAAAUAAAAAAUAUAAAAAUAAAUUUAAGUGGAUUAUGUCAGCACUCUUACCUUUUCAUUAUU